AUGGACAUCGACUCGAACCCCGCGCACCAGCGCACCUCACGGAAACACCUACGCAGCAGUGACGAGGAGGAUGACGCGCCGGAUUGGAGCUCGGAUGUCUCCGGUCGCUUCGAUGAUGCCGCCGAGGAGCCCGAGCUGGAAAACUACAAGUCACCUUCAGCAAAGUCGGUGAAACGGCGUCGCUCCAAUGAUUGGCCUUUGCCCGAAGAGGCUGCAGACUAUGGACACCAUGAUCGCCGACACGUUCGCAUUGCCCAUGCGGCUGGGCCCAUUGCAUCUGGUUAUCGAGCGUCCCCAAGGGCAUCGCCUCGCACUUCGGUUGCCUCGCUGCGUGGUCGGCAUGGAGGCGCAUCGACUAAUAGCCCUCGUAUGCGGCUAGGUCGGCGGUCGCGGUUUGUCGAGGCGACUAUGUCGGAUAGUAUCAGUGAAAAGCCGCCGAGUAUCUUCAUGCAGGAUGCGAAGCCGAUUGGACUGCGGCAACGGCAAUCGGGAAUCUUUAGAUUUGGCAAGGCAAUCGCCUCGGCGUUCAACCCGUUUGGAGGUUGGGGCAAGGGUGCUGCAGAGAGUGCCAGUCCAGGGCCUCCCAAGGAUGCUCUUAGCCAAGCAGAGCAGGCCUAUGCUGAACUCAAGAAAGCGGGAUACAAGGGCACUAACAAGGGUGCUUACCUGCAAUCCAAAACCAAUUCCAACUCCCACUGUGCCGUUGACCCGACCCACGCCGACCAGACAUGGCAAGCAAUCCAAGCCAAGAUGAAUUACGAUACAGGCGUGACUGGCACUACUUCCCAAUCGGGCGAUCGAGUCGAGAUUCCUACGCCUUCACGAUCUGCAUCCAAAUCUUCGAAACGCUCGUCCUUUCAAGACCUGCGGUCCCUUGGACUUCCAUUCAUGCGGCAUCAUGAUCAGUCGUCAAUGACCUCCAUCUACCAGGAGCAGACGUCAGAGGAUUCGAUUGAGAAUACCGGACUUCGCAAGCAAAAGUCUCGGAAAGAACUCUCGCGCCAGACAAAGCUGCUCAAGAAAGUAAGCAACCUUGAGGACAAGCUGGAACGGGCCCGGCGAGAGCUUCGCCAACUAUCCGGCAACGAGGAACGACUGCCUUCAACGACCCCAGACCGAAAGUCCAUGAGCCUCGAUAUGGACCCUGGCAGCUAUCCUCGCAAAUUUGUGCCUGGCGCUCUUCCCACUCUUCCUUCUGAACGACUCCUAGAUCAACAUGCCGUGAUCUCCGAAUCGCCCGAGGCCAUGACUUCCGAACUAACCGCUUUACCCUUUGUGGAGGGUCGAGGAAGUACCUCGCUUGAGGAAUCACAACCGUCGUACAGAACUGCUGCGUCUCGGUCGCCGAGCAGACGCCCACGAGAGGCGCGGUCAUCGUUUAUGAGUAAGGAAAGCUCUUCCCGCAAACGGAAGUCCCCCGUUCCUGAACAUCUCGAUAGUCGGAGCCCGAAACCCUACGAGUCCCGUCUGGCGAACCGCAUCGACGUCGACAUCAACCCCAACGACGACCGUCCGCCAGAGCAGGAUGACGACCUGAUCGACUUUGGCCUCCUCAGCCCCCCGCGUCAGGCAAAGUGGCAGAAAUUUGAGGCCGGCGAUAGCCCUGGCUCCGUCGAGCGCAAGCGCAACGUGGACCCCUCUGCGCGAGACGCACCAGGUUCAAUGCGCAAAAGGUCCCCAUCCGUCAAGCCCCGAAGGUCUUCUCCGGCCGUCGCCCGCUCAGCAAGAUCCAAGGCCGUACAAUCAUCGCCACUGCGUAUGAGACGUGGUAAUUCGAAAACGCGCUCUGUGUCGCCUACUAUCGCAGCGGUCAUCCCUAAAUCGCCUGCCGCGGCGGCGGCUGAUGAUGACGAUGUAUUCUCGUCGUCUCCUGCAUGUACUCAAGCAUUGCAAGCGUUUUAUCUACAGCCGCACCGUCAACUAGACCCCGAUCGGAGCCCGCACUCGUCACCGACCAAGUCCAGCUCGAGUCGGAAGCGAAGAUGGCACGAUAGUGACAUUCCGCCUGUUCCACCCCUGCCCAAAGAACUCUUGAUGAAUGCUGCCAAGAUUAACACGUCACAAAAGAAGGAAUCGGACCAUGUGAAGGAGCAGGAUGAAGCGCUUGAGCUGCAGACGUCUACUGUGCAGAAUUUGAAACCCUCUGCCCUGGAGAAAUACCCAUGGCCUGAUGAUUUCUUUUGA